CAGCAAGCAGAAGGAGUGGCGCAGAGCCUGGGAGGGGGAGUCGACGUGCAGGUAGACACGUGACCCUACGCCCGGUGGAGCAAGGCGCGCCCGACCAAAGAAAUUCCAUGGCCAUGCCCGCAAAACGGUUGCGACAAGCGCAGUCGACCCCACCACUCCCAUCGUCACAGCUUCUGUCGACCUGCCUACAGUCUCUCCUCGGUCGGCUCUACGCUCUCAUGGAAUAGUGGUACCGCAGAAGCUCAGUCUCGGAACGCUUCCAUCGCCGCCUGCGCUGACUGGGAGCUCGCACGCACGACCUCGCCAUGGCCACCGACCCAAAGGCGGCGCCGCUCGCCGACGACCUAAAGGAACUCGCGCUCUCCCUGCCCACCAGCGGCUUUCCCAAGGCCUUCUUUUGCGCCCUGUGCAGUGAGCUUGCAAUCGACUCGUACAAGCUGCUGUGCUGCAACAAGGCCAUCUGCUCACCAUGCCAAGCCAAGCUGUCUUUUCCGACGACCUGCCCGUCAUGCGACCACUCGCCCCUCGAGGCCGAUUCGUGCACCCCGAACAAGGCUCUGCGCAAUACAAUGCGCGUAUGGUUGCAGAAGCAGAAGAAGAAAGAAGAGGCAAAGGCGGCUGCGCAAGCCGCCACACCCGCUCCAGAAAUCACGCCUGCUGUAACAGAAGCACCGUUCGAGCUGGAGGGUGCGGACAAGCCGAUCGAUAGUGUUGAGGAGACCCCGGUUGCAGGCGAUGCGCCGGCCGCGCCUGCAGCGCCUGCAGGGGACAUUGGAGACGGACAGCUGCGGACAGUAUCGGCUUCUGCACAGCCAACUGAGGAUCCACCUGCACCAGAGGCCCAUGACUUGGAACGCCGCGGAAGUUUGAUAUCGCAAUCUGCGACACAGAGCGUAGAGCCGUCUGGCGCCAACGCGUCUUCCAACGAGCAAAACAAGACUGACGGCCCAGCAAACACGACGGGCAACAGCUCCAUGAUGAACGGUAUGCAGGGCCAGAUGGGAUUUGGGUUCCAAGGUCAAGGCAACUUCGGAGGCAUGGGCUUCAACGGCAUGUCGAACAUGAUGGGCAAUGCUGGCUGGAAUAGCAUGAAUCAAAUGGACUACAACAUGAACAGCAUGUAUAACAACUUUGGUGGAAACAUGGGCAUGAUGAAUGAUAUGUCCGCCAUGAACAUGAUGAACUUCGGUGGCAGCUACGGCAACGGGUGGAAUGGCAUGGGUGGUGGCUAUGGAAACUUCAACGGGUUCAACCAGAUGGGCGGAUAUAAUCAAUCUGGAGCAUAUCCCGAGAUGAUGAACCAAUUCCCCAAGAACAAUUUCCAAAACCAGAACCAGAAUCGUUUUCCUGCCGAUCAAGGGGGAGCUCUGCCUCAGCAGAACAAUAGGACUGGCAGUCAGGGAGACUCCGUGCCUAGGCCUGGUGGACAGCAGAGCACCAACAGUCGUCCUGGGAGUCGCAGUGGACCUGCCCCAACCCGUGAUGGCGAGUCAUCUGAUGCACAUACUGAUGCAGCCGUCGGUCUGAAACCAGAUGGCGAGCAAGACACUGCUGAAAAACCCACUGAAGAAGGUAACAAUCCUGAUGGUAGCACGCAAAGCACUGCUCUAGUCGCCAACACUACCGAUAGCGCGAGUGAUGCCAAGGACUCGAUUGCAAGAGGAGGUCAGAACGAUUCCACACAGACCAACGGACUGCGUCAGAUACAGACCGUUGAUACUGAAAACGGGGACAUGCAAGAUUACGAUCAGUCGAUGAUGGUCAACGGCAUGCAGCCUAAUAUGGGUUUUGCUAACGGUAUGAUGAAUCAGUUUCCCAACCAGAUGCAAAUGAAUGCGCCUUUCGAUUCUAGCAUGAAUAUGGGGUUUCAUCAGAACAACAAUUUUGGCCCUCGUGGUGGCUUCAAUGCCGCAUACGGCGCAGCUACAGUAUUAACAGGUGAGCCACAGGGACGUGGUGUGGAAGGUGCGCCCACAGGACCGAGAGCAAUGCGCGAGGGUAGACCGAACACUGGCUUCUCGAGCCGAAUGAACAACACGCGCCAUCAGCCGCCCCCUAAGAGUGUAACUCCUGCGCAAAGCACCGGUGCUCGCAGCCCACAGCGUAGACUUAAAUCUCGCUCGCCUCUGAGAGAUGAGAAUCUCCGUAUCAAGGACAAGUCGGUGUCACGUUCCCGGUCAGGCUCUCGCGCGAAGGACGAAAAGAGGGACGAACGUCGAGAGCGUUCGCGUUCGCGUUCUCGUUCGCGAUCAGCAGCCCGCGAAUCAAGGCGAGAAGAUAGAGUCCGCUCCGCAACGCCACCAGGUGAAGAUGAAUACGAGCGCCGCAGUGACCGCCGACACCAGCGCUCAGUGCGACAUGAUGACUGGGAUGACGAGCAUGAGGACCGGCAUCGCGAGGGUAGAGGAAGUCGAGGCGACAGAACACGUAGUGCAUCGGCUGAUUCAAAGCACCGCAGCAGUCGGCGUGAUAAGGAGAAGCACCGCUCUUCACGCUCACACCGGGAUCGCAGCAAAGAACAACGUCGGCGUCACCGUUCGCGCUCGCCUGUCGAAGAGGGCAAGUAUGAAGACAACGCGUAUGUUAACGGCGAUCGAGAAUCAGAGUCUGGCGCUAGACGAAAGCACAGGAGCGACAAAGAUAAGCACCGUGAUAGAUCACGCGAUAAGGAUCGUGAGCGAGACAGACGAGACCGCAAGGAUCGAGAGAAAGACUACGAUUACGAGCGUGAGAAGGACCGACCAAGAGACAAAGACAGGGAGCGGAGGCGUCGCCGCGAGCGCGAGGCGGAGGAGCAAGAGCGUGAUUACGAUGAUGAUAGGCACCGCUCGUCUCGACGAAGCCGCAAGGACCGCGACCGAGAAGAGCGAAACAAAGAAGAACAAGAUGGAGACGAUCGCAGUCAGAGCGAGCGGGACACAAAGAUCGACCGUGCGGCAGAGGACGAUGUGGUCGGCAAGAUGAUGCAAAAGCGUGCGGCUUCGCCACCCCUCAAUGCGCCUACCGGCCCUUCAGCAAACACUUUCUCUAUCAAAGGUGCAGGCCGCUCAAAAUCCAAUGUAAUGCCGCCACCGCAGCCUCCUACAGGACCGCGUAAGUUCCAGCCGCCCAAGGGACCUGCAGCAGAUCGCGACAGGGACAGGCCACGCGGGAAGAGCAGUGUCUCGUCUGUCCAAUCCACACCAGCCACACCCACCGAGCCCACUACACAAGACCACUAUGCCGCUGAGCGCGAGAGAAAUGCUCGCGAGCGCAACAGCCGCGAUCGUGUGGAUCGUGAUCAACGCGACGUGGUCAGCAAAUCGUUGCACUCGCGUAUCCACUCGUCAUCCCGAAGCUCGCUGUCCUCGAAACGCUCGCGCGAGGAUGAAGUAGAUGCAGAUGAUGCACCGCGUGAACCCAGCCAGGGUGAAGUCAAAGCGCCCACUGGUCCCGCAUCGCAUCGCGACAAGCGGAGGAAGUCGGGUGCUGGCGGCGACAACAGUAUCGCCAACAUGUUCACUGCUGGGUUGAGGAAGAAUGCAGGAAGAACGAGAAGAGGAGGUAUCAGGACUGAGGGCGAUGUGGAGAGAGAGAUGGAGCGAGUGGAGCGGGAAAGGGACCGACGAUAGGACAGCCGGCUCCAGGGCGCAGAUGGAAAGGGGGAAAUGGUUGGAGUAAUGAUGAGUUGCGACUGACGACUGCAACGUGUACAUAUGCAUGGGGCGAAGGGCUUGAAGGCUGUCUGCCAGGUUCUCAACUUCUUGUACUAUACCCAGAAAACGAUAGUUGGAUGGAACGACAUUGAGGUCAUUACGUGAAGCGUGAGCUGCUGAGAAAGUCACUGGGUCAGGGAGGUGCGCUGGGUGCUGUGGAGGCCAUCACGUUAGGUGUGAUUUGCUGAGAAAGUCCUGAAGUAUAUCAAAUUG